GAUAAACUUGCGCUUUUUAACAUUUUAAUUAAACUAGGCUAUGCUACGGCGUGUGAUGUUUGUAACUUUUGGAUUUGUUCUUUUUUGACAUAUUAGUAACUUGAGAUUUCAUUGCCAAGGCAGUUCAUAGAAUGGUGACUGGCAUUUGUAACCUGCUUUGUGGAUAUUGGUCUCUAUUGGAAAAUUGUAGCUGAGAAGACUUUUAUUAUGAUACCCGGAAGUUGGAGCCUUUCGUUGUCAACACUGUUGGCUGGUAUGACUAUGCAGUUAUCUAUCUCGUUUGCGGUGUUAUGUCUGUAAAAUAUUUAGAUGAUGUAUAUCAAUUGAUUAUUAAUUAUUGAAUUCGCUUUCGCUUCUCAUAAGCUAGUCUGUUUACUUCCGAAUAGCCUUGACAUGCGCUCAUGCAUCAAGAGCCUCACAAACAUAAACGUAGUUCUUUCAUGGUCCACCAUCCAGGCAUAAUUUUUCAGAUACGCCUAUUCUGUUCUUCAACUAACCGAUGGAAUUCGUUAUGAGUUGCAACAGUUAAUACAGGUAGUAAUCACAGACUUAUAACAUGACUUUACAAGUAGGUUGCCUAUCCUUCAGGCAGCCCUACGCAGGCUUUGUCUUGAAUGGAGUGAAAACUAUCGAGACGCGGUGGCGACCUCUUUUGGCUGAGAUGAGGAACUGUACUCUUGCCAUUCACAUCGCUCAGAAGGACUGGGAAUGCGAUGAGUGGAGAGAUAUGCUUGCAGGGCCUUUGGGAAUGACUGACAGGCAGAUACAAGAACUUCUGGAUUCUGGCGAAAGAUUUGGCAGAGGAGUUGUUGCAGGUUUGGUGGAGGUCGGGGACACCUGGUGUUGUCCCGAAGAUCAAACAGAGGCUGAGCUGAAGGAAUUUGAGAGGGAAGCGGUUCUGACAGGACUGCCUCAGAAAUACCUCACCCGUCUGUCCAACCCACGCUGGCUUCAGCAACCACUCUAUGCUCGAGGACAUAAAGACAAAUGGACUAUAGAUAUCCCAUUGAAGUUACUCCCCUCUUCUCUGCCAGCGGCUGAUUAACUGCAUUGCUGUAACAACAUUUUGUUACUUUCUUUAAAUACAUUUGUUUCAUAUGUAUUUUCUAGAAUCUUCUUUGUUCAUAUCCCUCUUCACCUUACUUUCAGAGAAAUAAGCUAGCCAGAAAUGUCUGAAAUGCUUCAUAUUUUUAUUAUAUCCAAAAAGUAUAAAUGUAAUCUUAAAUACAUCUGAAAAAAAUAUGAAAAUGUUAUGAAUCUGUGCUAGGGUAAACUCGAGUGUCGACCAAAGGAGUUUGGAGGAUGGCCAUCACGGCUGUUGCUGCCAUUGUCAUUGUCGGUGUGUUGAAUGUUGGGUGCCGCAGUGGCUGAGAGAACCUGGGUCAUAGCCAGCAUCACCUGUAGAGACAGCCAGAUUGCCGUCUGCUCUUGGAGGUAGUCUACACCCCGGCUCAGAGAGGAAACUGGCUCCUCCACAGCCGCGGUCACAGGAAAUGAUUUGAGCAUAGACUGAUAACUAGAAGUGCACGGUGUCAUGAUAGAAUCGGCUGCAGGGAUGGUUGGGUUGUUGCUCUUCUUUGCCAUGCAUCUUUUGCCAACUUCUGUCAUUUCACUCAGAUGUUGAGAACUUGGACCAGGAGCUGAGAUGGAUGUCGUGAUCUGAAGAGGCUUGGCCAUUCUUUGCCCUGAGCCUGAUGGGGUUUCGUUUGUGACGCUUGUACCCAAUACCUCCCCCAAGUGGGGUUUCCUCUGAGAUCUCUUCACCAGGCAUAGAAGGUCUGGGCACCCACGGCGAAAGCUGCAGUGUUGAUAGCACUCUAGCUACAUAAGGAAAAGCAAGUUUUUAGAAUACAGUAAUAUUACAUUCAUAGCAUUUUAAUCAAAUAGGAGAGUCUAAUCAGUUUCUUACCUUGGUGACACAUUUUGGCUCAGACAUGAAGCAGGUCAGUGAAGCAGCACCCUCCCAGAGUGAGCCGGCCUUUCUGAACCCAUACAUGUUGAGCUGACGGAAAAAACUGUGGAUGUUUUUGGUGUGAAAAAGUCUUGGGGGUUCUUUCCUUUCAAGCACCUCCUUUACGAAAAGGUCCUCAUCAAUGACAACAUAUAUUCCAGUUUCGUCCCAUCCAAUUGACUUAAAUUCUGGAUUCUCAACAAUAUACCACAUUUUCUUUGGAAAUAGUAGGGUGAACACAUCAACUUGAUCUGCAACUUCAACAUCAUUUUGGGUUUGUUGCUCCUCAAGCCGUGGCUUCUUGACAAUCACCUCUUCUGACAGCACUCUGAAUGCUGCUUUCUCCAGGGUAGAUCUCAGGUCCUGGUCCUCAUCCACUAAGGGAUCUGUAGUGGUGACACUUGAGUCACACUUGUCUUGAUCCCUUUUUAUUUUUAAACUAUUCUGGGUAGGUUUGUCCUCCUCUCCCAAAUUGACAUCCACAGCUUCUGCUGGUAUAUCCUGACUAAUUUCGGACAUUGUAUAUGACAGGGAGGCAGAUCUAAAAUGUCACUGCAGGUAUUUUUUGCAAUAGACUACUGGCUGGCUAAACCAAACUUUAGGAAUAUUCUAAAUAAAUGGGUUCUUUGAUGUGACGCCAUAAACAAUAAAAACGCUAAGUCAAACGUCA